AUGGCUGACUUUCAACCGUCUAUUGAAUUCGAGAAAGAUAUCUACUUGCCAGGAGAAGAAGUCACUGGAAGAGCAUGGUUAUCCACUAACAAAAAUAUGAAAGCGAAAAGUGUUGAAAUCACUUUUACUGGAAAAUCAGUCAGCGCUUGGAAGGGAGGAAAAACGGUUCCAACCAAGCCUAAUCAAAAAGCCGAAGAAAUCUACGUGGAAAUGAAACAUGAAGUUUGGACUCCGGAUGAUGAAGAGAACACUUUCCCAUCUGGAGACUACGAAUGGAAGUUCUCUUUCGAGCUUCCCAAAAAUUGUCCACCAAGCUUUGAGGGUAAAUCUGGUUUCAUUCGGUACUCAGUCCUUCUUUAUAUCGAUGUUCCAAACGGAAAAGCUAAGAAUAUUGAACGAGCUGUUACUGUUUCCCCAAUUAUUGAUUUGAAUAAUAUCACUGGUGCAGGUGAACCAAUUAAAAUGAAUGUGGAUACUACUGCAUAUUUCUGUCAAUGUAUGCCAUGUCUUCCAGCGAGAGGAAAUGUCGUUUAUACGUUGUCCUCUCCAAAACUCGGUCAUGUACCAGGAGAAGCUGUUUCUGUAUCUGGACAAAUCAACAAUGGAACUUCUAAACCAAUAAGAAUAAUUCAAGCAAAACUGAAUAGAAGAAUCACUUAUCGUGAAGAACUUCAAGGAAAGGCAAAGAAUAAGAAGAGAAAUGCACAGAAUGCUGAUGGAUUCAAAAGUAAAAUUGAGACCCAAGUGCUGGAGACAAAGAUUGAAAGAUGUAACAUUCCACCACAUACAAACUCAGAUUUCGCUUUUGCAUUCGUCAUUCCACCAGUAAUUGCUUCUAUCAGAAACUCCAAGUUCAUCACAGUUGAUUACUUCGUUUCGAUUUGGGGAGAUACUGGGAUCUGCAAUCGAACUGAACCAGCUUCUCUGAAUAUUCUCGUUGGAAAUGUUCCUCUCGCUUCGGGAACUGCCUCAUUGCCACCUCAAAAGUUCGUAGAUGGAAAUGCUGCACAAUGUUGGAAUGCUCAUCUCAAGCCAGAGUUCACUUAUCAAAUACCUUCUCCAACAACGCCCGAAACCGAGCUCCAUGUCGAAUUCGAUCAGCCUCAAGAAGUAUUCUUCCCAGGUCACCCGAUUUCUGGUCGAGUCGUUCUUCUAACUGAAGACAAAUACAAGGCGAAAACAGUGAAUGUAAACUUUGAAGAAAUUGCCCACACAUAUUGGGAUGAUGAUUCCAGUGUUCGAAGAACCGAAGUGGCCGGACAAAAGAUUUAUUAUAAUCAAAGAGUUCAUUACUCUGCCGAUGUCAAUUAUCUCGAGCAUAAGUUACUUCUCUGGUCUAGUGGAGAUGGAUCGAACGAGUUAGCACCGGGAAAGUACGUGUGGCCGUUCUCAUACAAUUUGCCGAACGAUAUUCCACCAAGUUUCGAAGGAAAGUACGGAUACGUCCGAUAUUCGGUGACAACUGAAGUGGAUAGACCUUGGAGAUUUGAUAAAGCUAAGAAACUUUGUAUUACCGUGUCACCACUUCUGGAUUUGAAUAUAAUUCCUCAUGCAAUGACACCUCUCCAGGAUCAAGCAAGCGAGAAUCUUGGAUGUUGUUGUUUCAAAAAAGGAUACUUGGAAAUGCGAGUGAAUAUCCCAAAAACUGGAUUUGUACCUGGAGAAACUGUUCCAAUCAAUCUUGAAAUAUUGAAUCAUUCAUCAGUUCCAGUGACUGAAGUCAAAGUGAAGAUCAUUCAACAAUGCACUUUCGUUGCAUUCCGUAAUGGAAGCAACUUCAAUUUCAUAGGCGACAGUGUGAUGGCUGUUUCCCAAAGAGAAACCAAACACGAUACAAAUACUGUCAUAAAACAAAGCCAAGCAUUGACAGUUGAACCUGGAAAAGAGCAUAGACUUGCAUUGGAACUCCGUCUUCCUUCCGUCACUCCAACAAUUAAUCAAUUUUCACCAAUCAUCACUGUCGAGUAUCUAGUACAAGUCAGUGUGGACACAUCAUCAACUUUUGGCAGUGAUAUUGAUUGCGAAAUGUCGAUUUUGAUCGGAACCGUCCCGAUUCGCCAAUAUCUUCCUCCUGCCUACUAUCCACCAAAUCCAGCCUUCCCACCUGCUAUUCCAUCUCCGAUGCCCACUCAAAUCGGGUCAGGAGUUGUCGUUCCUCCACCGGAGUAUGGAUUUGUAACAACUCCUGCAGAUAUUGGUACAGGAGUUGUUCCUCCGUAUCCAGAUUGUGCACAACCAUACCCAACUAAAGGGGAUACCGUAGUCGUCCCGAGUGCUCCACCACUAUCCUAUCAAGAUUCAAUGUAUGGAACAGAUGGAACACAAUUGAAUACUGAUGAAAAUCAGAAGCCAUUUGUUCCAAAGUAUCCAGUGUUCAAUAAUUUGCCAAUUUACAAUCCAUCUGCUCCUCCACAAGAAUAA